AUGAGGAAACGACCUUCCAGCCGUGUGGCUGAUGGUAUUAUUACUGUCGUAACUCACGCAUCCACGCAUCUUCCUUGGACCAUUUCGGCACAGAUGGAGGAAAGUGUAGCCUUCAUUGGCAUUGGUGCCAUGGGCUACGGCAUGGCCUCGAAUAUCCGUCGGAACAUGAGCCCUUCAGCCACGUUGUAUAUCAACGAUCCGAACCCCGAUGCCUGCAAGAGCUUCAUCCUGGAAAACAGCAACGUCGGGCCUGUAGAGCCUGUAUCGACAGCAAUGGAAGCCGCCAAGAAGGCCACUGUCAUUAUAACCAUGCUUCCGCGCUCCGAGCAUGUCAACGACAUCUACCUUGAUGCAUCAACCGGCGUCCUAGCAGCAGCUUCCCACAGCCAUCUCAGCAACCUAAUGUGCAUAGACUCCUCAACCAUCGAUCCGGGCACGACUCGCGCCGUUGGCGCAGCAUUGACGGAAGCUGGCGUAGGUACCUAUAUCGACGCGCCAGUUUCUGGGGGUAUUGCCGGUGCCACAGAUGGCAAUCUGGCUUUCAUGGUCGGACAUUCAACGCCCCAUCCUCGAAUUCAGAACGUCAUAUCCCUCAUGGCCAACCCUGACAAGAUCUUCUUCUGUGGUCCCCUCGGCUCUGGCCUUGCCUCCAAGAUUUGCAACAACUAUCUGUGCGGCACUAUCAACAUCGCCUUAUCAGAAUCCCUAGCUCUGGGAAUCCGCUCAGGCGUCGACCCGAAAGUUUUGCUUGAAGUGAUCAAGGCUUCUAGUGGGCAGAAUUGGAUGCUGGAGAACCAUAAUCCUGUCCCCGGGCUGGUGGAGAGUGCGCCGAGUAGUCGAGGAUAUGAGAGGUCGUUUCCGAUAACGUUGAUGAUCAAGGAUCUCAGUCUCGGUGUGGCCGCUGCUGAGGAGGUGGGAAUCGAGCCGAGUAUGGCGAGACGGGCUUUGGAGACAUAUCAGAGGGCGAGUGAGGAUGAGGAGGUUGCUGAGCUGGACUACACCGGGGUGUAUCAGUUGAUCAACAGGCGCGGAUGA